AUGUUCAGGCUACUGAUCCCAUGCCUGAUAUGGCUUUCCAGCGUCCGGUCCGAGACCAUGAUGUCCAUGCACAUGCCGGAGGGCAUGAUGGAGGACAAUUCAGCGAUGUCGGACGCCAUGAUGCUGAAGCCGAAACGGGAGUCGUACCAUAACCCCUGUCCACCGGCUUACUCUCAUCCAAUCUCGUACUCGCCACCGCCCCAAAUUUACGUGAAACCUGUCGUGCAUCCGCCUCCAAUGUCUAUCAUCCAUCAGCCCAUUCAGGUUGUCCAAAAGCCGAUGAUAACAUACGUGAAACCAUCCCCGCAGCCGGUGGUAGUGAAGCCUGUCGUUCAAUCGAAAUUGGUCUAUCCGAUCUACCAGAAGCCAAUGGUCUCGUACGCGCCUGUAUACCAGAAACCAAUCUAUUAUUCGCCGAUGGUGCAGAAAGUGAUGUACGAGCAGCCGAAGAUAGUCCUGAAGAAAUACGAAGUGCCUGUCACCCAAGUGAUCCAGAAGCCUCAGAUCUCCUAUCCGGUACAAUAUCAUCAGCCGAAAGUGGUUCACGCGCCGGCACCGCAGAUCAACUAUCUGAAAAUCACGCAACCAGUGGUCCAUCAACCGCCUGUAUUCGCCCCGUCCCCUAAACCAUGGUGCCCGUAA